UUUUAAUGGUAGGUGGGUUAGGGUUAUGGACCAUUACUGAACCAUCAGUAUCAGAACAGUGUGUUUGACCUGCACAACCUGACAAAUCACCAAGUAAUUCAAGUUUACAAUUUAUUGUCAUAUGCACAGUAAAGAAACUUGUUCCCCCCUGUACAGUGAGAUUCUUUCUUUGCUGCCCCCCUAAUGAAUGCCGCAAAAAAAUCUAGAAAAUAAGCAUAAAAAUAGUCAUAGAAAUGACUAAAUAUGGGUAUACAUAAGAAUAGGUGUGUAUAAACAUAGAAUUAAGGCAGAAUAUGAAAAAUAUGCAAAAGUAUGAAAUGAAUAUCAAAAUAUAAACACUGUAAAAACAGACGAAGUGUGCAAGUUAUGCAAGUGUGUUAUAAUGUGUGUGUUACACAAUAUUAUUAUCAUCACACGAGAGAGUACUGUUGUGCUUUUCACAGCACAUAGCCUACAGUGGGAUAUUGCUUUUAUACAACAGUCCCCCAAAACCUCAUUAGAUUAUGAUGCAUUUGUUUAUUUAUUUGAUAUUUUGCUCUGCCAACACAUGCAGUGCCUUGCAAAAGUAUUCAUACCCCUUGAACUUCUCCACAUUUUGUCAUGUUACAUCUACAAACGUAAAUUAACUUUUAUUAGGAUUUUAUGUGAUGGACCAGCACAAAGCAGCACAUUCUGAAGUGGAAGGAAAAUUGUAAAAUGUUUUUAAAAAUUUAUAAAAUAACUAUCUGAAAAGCGUGGCGUGCAUUGGUGUUCAGCCCCACUGAGUCAAUACUUUGUAGAAACUUUCAAUGCAAUUACAUCGGUAAUGUACUGUAUGUCUCUACCAGCUUUGCACAUCCAGAGAGAAAUUUUUGCCCAUUCCUCUUUGCUAAAUAGCGCAGUCUUGGUCUGAUUGGAUGGAGAACGUCUGCAAACUGCAAUUUUCAAGCUUUGCCACAGAUUCUCAAUUCGAUUUAGGUCUUUACUUUCACUCUGCCAUUUUAACGCUUGAAUAUGCUUUGAUCUAAACCUUUUCAUUCUAUCUCUGGCUGUAUGUUUAGGGUCAUUAUUUUGCUGGAUAGUGAAACAGUCUCAGACUUAGUCUCAAAACUUUUGCAGACUAAUAGGUUUUCUUCCAAGGUUGCUCUGUAUUUGGCUCUGUCCAUCUUCCCAACCACUCUCACCACCUUCCCUGUUCCUGCUGAAGGAAAGUAUGCCCAUAACAUGUUGCUGAAACCACUAUGUUUCAUGGUGGGGGUGGUGUAUUCUUAUAGUUUUCUUUCACGACUAAUCAUUGUCCUGUUGACAGAUUCACCCACCCAAAUUGUGGAAAAGUUUAAGAAAGAUGAACACUUCCCCCUCUUUCCAGUACUGCGGAGGGUUGUAAUAUCGUUUAACAUGCUGUUAUGCUCUGUUAUCACCACUUGUUGAUUGCCUCUCAUUCAAUCAGAUUACAGAAGUAAAUCCUGUAUAAUACUGAAUAAUACACUUGGGGCCAUGUUGUUUAUCAACAAUGAGGUGGUAUGACUGAACAAAUUGGCUAUGUGCACCUGACUGCUAGCAUGGAUAAAGUAUGAGCUGCCUGCAGCAAAACAACCUGUCAGUGUUACUGGAAGACUAUAGGGUAUGACAUCAUUCCGUUAAAUUCACCAUGUUGGAUGCUAUGUAUUUUUUGUUUUGCUGUUGGCACCUCAUACUGUACUUCUUCCAUGCUAUCAGUCAGGUGCACAUAGCAAAAUUGUUCAGUCUUCCGUUAUCAAUAUUCAUAAUGCUUAAUUCUGAAUGGUCAGAAAGAGUUUAUUUUAUAUACAAAAUACUACUGACGCUUUGCCCAUGUUGUUUUCUACACAUAAAGCUUAAGGAGAACAUAGAGAGGUUUUUUACAUGCUUUGUAGAAGAGGGGAAAGCCACCGUACGACUUAAAGAACCCAUGGUGGACAUCUGCAUGAGCAAGGCGGAUACUGCCAGCUUGAAAACCUUCCUUUCAGCUGCUCAACUUGCACACAGAGGAAACUGUAGAGACAGCUUUGCACUUUCCACACUAACCCCAGUUCGUGCCAGAGAUGUGGAGAAACCCAAAAAGAAGCUCACCAUCAUGUCCAAGAAGGACUAUCCACUCACAUCUAGCUUCCCGUACUCGCUGGAGCAGCUGCAAGUGUCUUACUGCAAGCUGUCCAGGGUGGACAUGCGCAUGUUGUGUCUAAAAUCACUGCGAACACUUGACCUCAGUAAUAACCAUAUCAAGAAGCUCCCAGACACCAUCGGGGAUCUCCGCUUCCUGACAGAACUGAUUCUUAACAACAACCGUUUGGAGAGCUUCAGUGAAGCACUGUGCCUCUCCAGUCUGCAGAAAUCUUUGCAGCGUCUGGACCUGAGCCAAAACUGCAUAAAGCUGCUGCCUGCUUGCUUUUGCAAGUUGUGUGAGCUUGUUACACUUAAAAUGGAUGACAAUGAGCUGGUAAGGCUGCCCUUCCACAUUGGCCGGCUCACCAAAAUGCGUUUUCUGUCAGCGGCCCAUAAUAAGCUCACUGUGCUGCCUGGAGACUUCCGCAAGCUGUCUCUGGAGAACCUGGACCUGUUUGGGAACCCUUUUGUUCAACCUAAUCCUUUUGAUCACAGCAUUCAGCUCACAUUACCUCUCAGUCUCGAGGAGCUGGCUUCCAGAGCUGUGCUCAACUAUAGAAUCCCUUAUGGACCUCAUCUCAUUCCCUUUCACCUUUGUGGCAAAAUGGAACUGGCAAAGGUGUGCAACUGCGGCUGUUCCUGUGUAAGCUCGCAUAUACAGACGGCUGUGAGCAUGAACCUACACCAAGUCUCCCACACUGUGGUGCUUGUAGAUAACAUGGGAGGCACAGAGGCUCCUAUUCAGUGCCAUUUCUGCUCGCUCACAUGCUACUGCCAGUUCCUGGACGGCUGUGCGCAGAGAGGCCUGAGCUGAGAAGAAGUUCUUCCUUCCAUUCAUGUGGACUCUAAUAGUAGUUUUUAUACUCGUAUCAAUCUCUGUAAUAAUCACCAGUCCUGUUGACUGUGGUGAACAGGACUUGCUCCCGUGAUGCAUGAUAUUGACAGUGUGAUACUGACACUGAUGUGGUGAAAGGUCAAUUUUAACCCAUCAAGAAACACCACAUGGCAUGAAGUACCUUGUGGUCACAAUUUAUUUAUUUUUUAUUUUAAAUUUCCACUCUACAGAUAUAAAGUUGCAGCAAGGAUUAUUGUUCAGCAUUAUUGUUUGCUUGUGUUGAAGGAGGUUCAGCCAAAUAAAUAUCCGGUAGUUUUACAGCCACGUUCAAGGUUGUAUUAUGGAUUGGUCCAUUAUUUUGUGUAUGACAUGUUUUUUUUUUUGUGUAUGUGUUUGUAU